UAUUUCCAUCUCCAUCAUCAGCAUUUAAAAAUUUAAUUUUAUUAGUUCAGUUUUGACAACAACAAUGGCAUUUUUCUUGUGGUAAACCUCUAUAUAAACUCAUAUUUUUCACUCCCAAUAUCAAGAAUUUCCAUUGCUGAGCUAAAAUUGGUAUCAUGAUGAGGAACUUGAGCUUGGGAGCACUUUUUCUUGCACUGAUAUUCUCCCCUCAUUUAUCAGAAGCUCGGCAUCGAACCUGCAAGCCGAGUGGCAAAGUGAAGGGAAAGAAGCCACCUGAAGGAUACUGCAACGAAGACGACAACAUCUGCUGCAGAGAGGGGAAAUAUUACACUACUUACAAAUGUUCUCCACCGGUGUCUGCAGCCACAAAGGCAGUUCUCUACGUCACCGGCUUUGAGAAAGGCGGAGAUGGAUAUAAGCCAUCCAAAUGCGAGCACAAGUACUACUCGGACGACACACCUGUUGUCUCUCUGCCUACCGGAUGGUACAGUGGAGGGAGAAGGUGUCUGAACAACAUCACCAUAAGUGGUAAUGGGCGGAGCGUGGAAGCUAUGGUGGUUGAUGAGUGUGAUUCCUCCAAGGGAUGCAAUGCAGGCAGCGAUUACCUCCCUCCGUGCUCUAACAACGUUGUUGGCGCAUCUUCUGCUGUCUGGAAAGCAUUGAAGGUGCCCGUGCAAGACUGGGAUGAACUGGACAUCACCUGGUUGGAUGCCUAAUGACACAACUUGUGCUUUCAUUUCUUUUUUGUUGCAUUUUCAAUGUAUGGUUUCAUGUGGAUUAAGAAUAAUUUUAAUGAUCUCAUAAUUUCCUGUCCCAAUCUUCUUUAGAAAGAUCUGCAGAAUUAAAGUUAAGCAGUAGAUAACA